AUGAAUGAAUCCAAGUCAAAUGACACCCCCAUUGGGACAACAACAAAGCUUGAUAAAGAUGAACCAGGUUCACCAGUCAACGACACCAGAUAUCGAGGUAUGAUUGGAUCACUCCUAUAUCUCACUGCCAGCAAACCUGAUAUAGUGUUCAGUGUUGGUAUAUGUGCAAGGUUUCAGUCCUGUCCAAAGGAAUCACAUCUAAAAGUUGUCAAGAGAAUCUUGAGAUAUUUGAAAGGCACAAUGAACCUGGUUCUCUGGUAUCCAACUGGUGACUUUUUUGUUCUAAAGGGAUUUGCUGAUGCAGAUUAUGCAGGACAUAUGGUUGAUAGAAAAAGUACCUCUGGGAUGACACACUUUUUAGGACCAUGCUUAAUAUCUUGGGCAACUAGAAAACAAAAUUCAAUGGCUCUAUCUACUGCAGAGGCUAAGUAUGUUGCAGCUGCUUCAUGUUGUGCCCAACUCCUUUGGAUAAAGUAG